AUGUCCGGCAUCGACUCCCCCGAGAUCCUAGCCGCCUACGACGCGGUCCGCUCGGACAAGGACCCCACCAACUGGCUCCUCGUGUCGUACAAGGCCGCGACGGGCAACGCCCUGGCCCUCACCGCCACGGGCCAGGGCGGCCUGCCCGAGCUGGCCGCCGCCCUCGACGACGCCCAGGCCCAGUACGCCUACGCGCGCGUCGAGUACGCCAACGACUCGGAGAGCACGCGCGUCAAGUUUGUCCUCAUCGUCUGGAUCGGCGAGGGCACAAAGGUCAUGCGCAAGGCCCGCGUCAGCAUCGAGGCCGGCGACGUCAAGCGCGUCCUCGCCCACCACAGCAUACAGGUCGACGCCCGCGAGAAGGGCGACCUCGACGAGGCCGACAUCGUCAAGAGGUUACGCAAGGCCGGGGGUGCCGACUACAACGGCGGCCGGGGCUAG